AUGGUAAUUGUGGUGCCCGGUACGCUUCACGUUUCCACUCGAUUCAUUUACCUGCAACUCUGCUUCCUUAAGAGAUCAAGCACCAAUCCGUACCUUCUCAUUUCGCUUCUGUUUCUUAUUUUAAGCAUUUUCUUUUUCUCCUUUUUCUUUUGUGAAUUUUUCAGGCAGCACGGAGUUGAAUCUCUUGGCAUUGGAGCCCCUCCUCUUUCUUCCUUGGGUGUUCAUGCACAAGCUGGGCCUUCCUCUUCAUGGUCAGAGGCUUUCUGUUCAUCUGAGGUCUUCCUGGCCGUUAUGGAUCACAAGACAUGGCUUUGGAGGAAAAAGUCCUCGGAGAAGCCCACCAUUGCUUGUGACAAAGCACAUCUCACCGUGAAAGAAAAUGAAGCGGUAAAGGAGCUUCUAGCUGAUAAAGAAGAGUUGGAGACAGACUUGAAAAUUCUGAAUGACAAGCUUUCUUUGGCUCUUUCUGACUGUAAUGCUAAAGAUGAACUGGUGAAGAAGCAGACGAAAAUUGCACAGGAAGCAGUGGCAGGUUGGGAGAAAGCUGAAGCUGAAGCUUUGUCUCUAAAGCAAGAUCUUGAGGAAGCUCUGCAGCAGAAGCUGUUUUAUGAAGAAAGAAUGACCCAUUUGGAUGGAGCCCUGAAAGAAUGUAUGCAACAAUUACGUUUUGUACGAGAAGAACAGGAGAAAAGGAUUCAUGAUGUCAUGACAAAGGCUUCAAAAGAAUUUGAAAAAGCACGUAUGGUUUUUGAGAAGCAGCUGACAGAGACCAGUAAAAAGCUUGCAAAAGCUGGGGCUGAAAAUGCUCAUUUUAGCAAAGCUAUUCUUGAUGACCAAAUUUUGAUUGAAGGUUUUAAAAGACAAUUGACUCAAGCUGAGGCAGAUUAUACUGCACUCAUGGCAAGAUUAGAAUCCACCGAGAAAGACAACACCUCGCUGAAAUAUGAGGUUCGGGUGCUUGAAAAGGAGGUUGAGAUUCGAAAUGAGGAGAGAGAAUUCAAUCGUCGAACAGCUGAUGCAUCUCACAAGCAGCACUUGGAGAGUGCAAAGAAGAUUGCCAAGUUAGAGUCAGAAUGUCAGAGGCUGCGCCUCCUCGUUCGCAAACGAUUACCUGGUCCUGCUGCCCUAGUGAAAAUGAAGAAUGAAGUUGAAAUGUUGGGUAGGGACUCGGUUGAAAUGAGGAGAAAAAGGUCAAACUCAAUCAGUUUCAUUGAUGAAUCUUCAGUUGACAAUUCUCCCGAAACUACCAUGAAAAGAAUCAAUAUAUUGAACGAGCAGCUAUGUUCUCUGGAAGAAGAAAACAAGACUUUACGAGAAUCCCUUAAUAGGAAAACAAAUGAGCUUCAAUUUUCAAGAACAAUGCUUGCUCGAACAGCUUUCAAACUGUCACAGGUUGAAUUACAGGUUGAAGAAUCAUCCAAAGGUCAAGCAGUCGGGGAGCAGCCUAGUAGUCUCCCACCACAUGAAUUUUCUUUGGCAUCAAUGUCUGACAUUGGCAGUGAUGAUAAGGCUAGUUGUGCUGAAUCCUGGGCUUCUGCUUUGAUUUCAGAACUGGAGCAGUUCAGAAGUGGAAAGCAAAAUUAUUUCAAGUCAAGCAAAAAUAUUGGAUCUUCAGACAUAAAGCUUAUGGAUGACUUUGUUGAAAUGGAAAAAUUAGCAGUGGUCUCUGUUGAAAAAGCCCCUGAAAUUUCACAUACUUCUUCAGAAUCAGCUAAUGGAAUCAAUGGUUCUUUAGACACUGGGCCGAAUGAGAUAACCUCUCCAGUAGUGAGUAAGGAGAUCAUUCCUGUGUCUGAAUCAUCCAGCUCCAAUGACAUGUCAAAUGGUAAGAUUCCUUUCUGGCUUCAGGAUGUACUCAAGGUAAUCUCAGAACAAGGCCGCAUCACUCAUAGAAAUCCUGAUUCAAUACUUGAGGAUAUCAGAGUGGCUAUAAGUCAUAUGGAUUAUACAGACCUUGAUGAGCCUGAUUCAAGCAAAGGCUCAGGACAUGUUGAUGCGUCAAAUUCUCCCCAUUCUAGUCACUGCAUCCCUUCAAAUAAUUCCUUGCUGUUAAAUCCAUCCACUGGGAUAACCGAUGCUGCUGUGUCAUCAGCAAAGCAAAGCAAACAACAACAACCUCAGACAGAUAUGAGUAAAUCUAUAGGCAAGAUUAUUGAGAUCAUUGAAGGGAUCAACAAGCCUGCGGCAGAAUAUGAUAAUUCUGAUCCCAUUUGCAAGAGAGAUGGGAAUGCCGUUUCACACAAGAAUUUAGGAGUGCCAAACGGCUACAUGGUGCGUGUUUUCCAGUGGAAAACAUCUGAACUAAGUAAUAUUUUACACCAAUUUCUCCAAGUUUGUUAUGAUUUACUGAAUGGUGAGGCGGAUCACGAAAAAUUUGCCAGAGAACUAACAAUAGCUUUGGAUUGGAUUAUCAAUCACUGCUUUUCAAUUCAGGAUGUUUCUAGCAUGAAGGAUGCCAUUAAAAAACAAUGCGAUUGGGAGGAAACGCAAAGUGAAAGUGAACCAGAGAUUGGGAUGAUGAGUCAUCUUGCAGAGGCAGAUAAGUUGCUUCUUUCCCAAGAACAGUUGCCAUGUUUUCCAACCGUAUUUGAUGUGGACGGCCAUGAGCUCGAGACCAAACAGCUACAAUAUGAUAAAGAAAAAAUUGAAAAUGCUAACAAUAAAGUGAUCUUUGCUGAAAUGAAAAUGGAAACAUUUGAAGAUGGACUUCAACCAGCUGCUGAUAUGACUAAAUCCUCAAGGAGUCAACAUCAGGAGUCAGAGAAAAUUACUUCAUCAGAAUUACAAACCAUAAAAAAUUCCAAUGGAGAACUUCCAGAGCAAACACAAAAUCAAGAACUGAUAAAUUCAAAUCUUGAUGUCCAACUUGCAGAAGAUGAAAUAAAAGAGGCUCGUCACAAAGUUUUGUCAUUGGAAAUGGAAUUGGAGAACAAAAACCAUUGUUGUGAAGAACUAGAGGGCAGAUGUCUUGAACUACAGCUUCUGCUUGAAAGCAUGAAAAAGGAGUCCCCCAAUCAUGCUAUUGAUCAAAAAGAGAAGCCAUUGCGAACUGACUGGGAGAUAACAGCGGCUUCGGAAAAGUUGGCUGAGUGCCAAGAAACCAUCCUUAACCUUGGGAAGCAACUGAAGGCGCUGUCUGAUACGAAAGAUGCAUCCCUUUUUGACAAGGUCAUUGCCACCAACAGUAAUGCAAUUACCAACACGACCUCCAGCACUGUAAAUGUCAGUUCAAGCCCUGUCCCUUCGCAAGACGCAAGGGUGAAACGUCGGUCUUCUCUGCUCGAUCAGAUGCUGGCUGAAGAUUACACUAAAGCCGAUAUUAUGAAUCCUGCAAAAGCUGGAGAUAGCAAUAACAUUUCUACGGUGGUUACGGAGCCACUAGAACAAAUCCUAGUUCUGAAUGGAACAAAAGACCAGGAUGACACUGCUGCGCAAAAAUCUUUGGCCAUUGCCAAGAGACGGGGAGGAGGAAGCUUGUGGAAAAAGCUUUUGUGUAGAAGGAAAAUAGGCGCAAACAAGAAAACACCCGGUCCUCUUGCCACUUAAUUGUUCUCACAUUAUAAAUUGCAGUAUUGUUCAUAUCAACGAACUUUGCAAUAAUUUUUAUUUGAUUAGAUAACGUUAAAUUCUCUUGAA